UCUCUCUCUCUCCGCCCAAAACCGCGUUGAACGAGAACUUUGAAUUCAUCUUCGCAGUCUUCGCUCGACUCUCUCUCUCUCUCUCAAGUCUCAAGAGUGGAGUCGAGUCUAUGCUGGUAAGUCAAGCGACUGAACCACUCCUCUUCUUAAUUUAUUUUUAUUCUUCAGACUUUCAUCGUCUUUUAAUGUCCGAAUUCUCCAUAACGCAACGCAACACAUCUCCACUUCUCAAGAUUUGGUUCAAGCGCGCUUGAUCGGAUAAUUCGCCUGUUGAAGCCCCUGUUUUGCUCCGUUUUCAGCUCUUGUUGGCGAUUUUGAUGGGUUUGCCCAGCUAGGGUUGGAAUUAUUAAGUUUUUUUUUUUCUUUCUUUCUUUUGUUUGUUUUUGGGACUGAAUUGGGAGAGGUUGCGAGAUGACCACCCUUCUGAGGAAACUUGUACCUGUUCCGCCGCUAGAAAGUGUAGAUGAUGGCGAUGACUACAGCGUCGAGUACUCUUUUGCCAUGGAGUACAGUGGCCCUCUUGUCAGCUACGAUAUUCCUCGGGUUGUUCCAGUCGAUGUUCGUCAAAUCCCGACUGCUUCAGCCGUGCCCAUGGCUUCUAUGUUCAGUCAUUUGUCGGUUCCUGUUGUUCAACCUUUUGUAAAGAGUGAUCCUUUAGCCAAUAAACUGCCAGAGGAAUUCGAGUUGGGUUCUGGAGAAGCUUUGGGUUCGAACACAGCAUUCCAUUCAGGCGAAUUUGUUACUCCAGGUGCUGUUGGGUCAUUGGACGGUCAUCUUAUUUCAUGUAAAUCGGUGGAUGUGAUUAAUGACUCCAGCGCACUUGGUUCUGCGGAAGAUAAACGUAUAAACAAGCUGUCAGAUGGUAGUUCUGGUACAUUGGGGUUUUCUGACAGUCAGGAUGAUUCACAAGAGAUAUCAGGAAGUUCAGAGGUGGACGAUUUAAAUGAGGACGGCAAGGAGGGUUGCGGUUUGAAUGAAGGGGAUUUAGGCCCUCAGGCCCUUUCCUCAGAGAUUUCCUCGAAUGGAGAUCAGGCUUCUAUUGAUGAAUCUCAAUCCCAUGUUAGUGAGCUUUCAACUAUGAGUUCCUGCAGUCUUAGUCAUACAGUUCAUGAGGGAGCUGCUUAUAAUGAGUUAAGCAUUAUCCGUAAGAUGAAGAAAGGUUUAUGUCACCGAUGCCUUAAGGCUAAUCGGUUCACGAAAAAGGAGGAAUGCAUUGUUUGUGGUGCCAGGUAUUGUUUCAAUUGUGUGCUCAGAGCUAUGGGAUCAAUGCCAGAAGGAAGAAAAUGUGUUACAUGCAUUCGUUUUCCCAUUGACGAGUCAAGGAGGAGGACCCUAGGAAAAUGUUCCCGGUUGCUUAAGCAAUUGCUUACUGAUUUGGAAGUUAAAGUGAUAAUGCGUUCAGAGAUAUCAUGUGAAGUGAAUCACCUACCACCUCAUCUUGUGCGUGUGAACGGAAAGCCUCUUUGUCACGAGGAGUUGGUUCUGCUGCAAACCUGUUUGCAUCCACCAAGAAAGCUAAGACCAGGAAAUUAUUGGUAUGAUAAGGUAUCUGGAUUUUGGGGAAAGGAAGGCCAAAAACCCUGCCAGAUUAUCAGUGCCCAACUGGCUGUUGGCAAUAGCAUUAUGCGAAACGCUAGCAACGGAAACACAAAUGUAUUGAUAAAUAAUCGGGAGAUUACCGAAGCAGAGCUCCGGUUGCUGAAGUUUGCAGGAAUCCACUGCGAAGGAAACCCUCACUUCUGGGUAAGUCCAGAUGGAUCCUAUCAGGAAGAGGGACAGAAGAAUGUAAUGCCUAAAAUAUGGGAGAAGACUGGAAUCAAGCUAUAUUGUGCCUUUCUGUCUUUGCCAAUUCCUCCUGAGGGUACAAGUUCUUCUGCAGAAGAAGUACAAGAUCUUGACAAUGGAGUUGUACUGAACUACCUUGAACAGAAACCGCCAUACAAACUUCUUCUGGUUGGCUGUGAUAAAUCUGGGACAAGUACAAUAUUCAAGCAGGCCAGGAUGAUGUUUGAUGCCCAUUUCUCAGAAAUUGAGCGUCAAAAUAUUAAACUGAUGAUCCAGACCCGUUUAUAUGCUUAUCUUGGAAUACUUCUUGAGGGGCGUGAACAGUUUGAGGAAGAAUGCUUGAUGGAAAUGAGAAAAAAGCGCAUUGAUCAACCAGGUCCUUCAGGAAGCUGUGGACAAAUUGAUGAAAAAAGUGUGUAUUCCAUCAGCCUGAGAUUGAAAGCCUUCUCUGACUGGCUUCUGCAAGUCAUGAUAUCAGGCAAUUUGGAAGCCAUUUUUCCAGCUGCUUCUCGUGAAUAUGCUCCACUUAUUGAGGAGUUAUGGAAUGAUAAAGCUCUUCAAGCUACAUACAACAGGAGGAAUGAAUUACCUAUGUUGCCCAGAGUAGCUAAUUAUUUCUUAGAUCGGGCUGUUGAGAUUUCAAGGACGGACUAUGAGCCUUCUGACUUGGAUAUCCUGUAUGCCGAGGGUGUCACUUUAUCAAAUGGAAUUAGUUCCAUGGAGUUUUCAUUUCCCAAGGCAACACAGGAUAGCUUCACAGGCGCAUCUGAGCCAAUUGAUUCAAGGCCGAGGUACCAACUCAUUAGGUUGCAUGCAAGCAGUCUUGGAGAGAACUGCAAGUGGCUGGAGAUGUUCGAAGAUAUUGACCUCGUCCUUUACUGUGUUUCCUUAACAGAGUAUGAUGAAUUCUUAUAUAGCAGCAAUGGAGUUUCAACAAACAAAAUGUUAGCAAGCAAGAAGCUCUUUGAAAGGAUUGUCACCCAUCCAACCUUCUAUCAAAAGAACUUCCUUUUGAUACUCAACAAGUUUGACCUUCUUGAGGAGAAGAUUGAACAGGUUCCUCUGUCUCAGUGCGAAUGGUUUCAUGACUUCAAGCCGGUUAUCAGCCUUCAUCCCCACAGCAGCACCAGCGGCUACAUUAAUGCUUCGAUGGCUCAACGUGCCUUCCACCAUAUUGCCAUGAAGUUUAAAAGACUCUUCCAUUCCCUCACUGAGCGAAAGUUGUAUGUCUCAUUGGUUACCGGAUUGGAACCAGAUAGUGUUGAUAAAACUCUUAGAUAUGCCAGAGAGAUUCUGAAGUGGGAUGACUUGAAACGCACAUUUCCUUUACAGGAAUGUUCUUCUGGUAGCAUUGGGGAAACCUACUCUUCAUAGAUUCCCAAUUAAAAGAAAUGGCUUGUAGAUAAACCUUCUGUUUUCACAUAGCCUUUCCAAAUCUCAUCUAUGUACACAUGGUGGACAGGAAGCAAUAAGAAGCUCCAAAGUGCUAGAUUUUGUAAGAAAGUUAAGGUGUAGAGAGCUCUUUAACAGACCAAAGAUUGUCUAUCUGCCGAUGCAGGAUUGGGCUUGUAUAAGAGCUACAUAUAGAUAAUAGUAAAGACCUGUAUGUAAAAGUGCAUUACUAUGUUUAUGAU